UCGUAGUUCGUAGCUGUAUGUCUCUCACAUUCAUGACUUCUUGGUGCAGUAGUCGCUCAUUCACAUUUGUCUCUGUGGUGAACAAUCAACCCUCUAAUAUUGAAACCCUACAUAAUUACUCAAAUGUUUCCUUCUUCAUCCCACCGUUUUCUAUGUCUCGCUCUCUCCUCUCCCUCUCUCUUCUCCUCCUCGUCCUCGCAGCCGUCGCCGCAGCCCAUGGCGGCGAUCAUGCCAAUGAUGAUGAUGGUGACGCGCCGUCGUCGGAGAGCGUUGACUUGAGGGCGAAACCACUGAUUCUGGUGAAGAUCUACUGUCUGAUUCUGGUGUUUGUCGGGACGUUCAUCGCCGGCGUGUCGCCUUACUUCUUGAAGUGGAACGAGACGUUUCUAGUGCUGGGAACGCAGUUCGCCGGCGGAGUGUUUCUAGGGACGGCGAUGAUGCAUUUUCUGAGCGACUCGAAUGAGACGUUUGGGGAUUUGACGAGCGUGGAGUAUCCGUUCGCGUUCAUGCUGGCGUGUGCGGGGUAUUUGACGACGAUGUUCGCCGAUUGUUUGGUUUCCUAUGUGUAUGGAAAGGGGGCGAAUGGUGGCGAUGGAGAUGUCGAGCUUCUAGAAAAUAUGCAAGGAAAAAGCAGUAGCAAUGGCGGAAAUUCAGAGUCUCUGGCUCAGGAUCAGAAUUGCACAGAGGACCACUUUGUAAACGCCCCUCUGAAAACCGCCACAUCGCUUGGGGACAGCAUAUUACUCAUCUUUGCACUGUGUUUCCACUCUGUAUUUGAGGGCAUAGCAAUUGGAGUUGCAGAGACCCAAGCCGACGCUUGGAGAGCUCUAUGGACGGUCUGUCUCCACAAGAUAUUUGCAGCCAUUGCAAUGGGAAUAGCUCUCCUCCGGAUGAUUCCAGACAGACCCCUCCUCUCCUGUGUAGCCUAUGCCUUUGCAUUUGCCAUUUCUAGCCCAGUUGGAGUGGCCAUUGGUAUCAUCAUAGAUGCCACUACCCAGGGCGCUGUGGCUGACUGGAUAUACGCCAUAUCAAUGGGGCUAGCAUGUGGGAUCUUCAUCUAUGUCUCAAUAAACCAUCUACUGUCCAAGGGAUACACUUGCCAGAGGACGGUUCCCUUAGACACCCCCAACUACAAGUUCUUAGCAGUGUUGUUGGGUGUCGGGGUAAUCGCGGUUGUGAUGAUCUGGGACACCUGAGCUCAUCUUGGGUUUGUUCCUUAAUCAUAAAAGCUGCAGAGAGGAUAUCCAAGAGUAUAGAAAUGUCAUUUCUUGAUCCCACCUUUUUUAUAAUGAUUAAGCAAACCCACGUUUUUCUUUUCAAUGGGAUCUUUAGAUACAUAUGCUACAAGUAAAAUAGUAUCUAGACAAGUGAAAAGAUAUUCGGUAUCUGAUGCUCUGUAACAUUUUUUGUAUCAGUUGAAAUGUGACUUCAGCUUCAUGGAUCCA